AGUGCACUGAACAUCAAAGCUGAAGACAAAACGGACAGCAUGAGCAAUAAAAAAUAUUUGUCUGUGUCAAACGAAAAUGAUGACGAUAUAGACCCUGAUAACUGGAUACCUCCAGAUGCUGAUCUGAUACGAAAGAUGGUCUCUCAGAUUGAAUAUUACCUCUCUGAUGAGAAUUUGGCUAAGGAUGCUUUCCUUUUAAAGCACGUCAGGAGAAAUAAGAUGGGUUAUGUCAAUAUCAAGUUGCUGACCUCUUUUAAAAAGAUGAAGCAGUUCACAAAAGACUGGCGGGUCACAGCCUACGCCCUCCGGCAUUCAUUAACACUGGAGGUAAAUGAAGAGGGAAAUAAAGUGCGUAGAUUAAAGCCCGUGCCAGAGUCUAUCCUCUUUCAGGUACCGAGCAGACUCCUGCUGGUCUGGAACGUCAAAGAACCAAACCUGACAGAGGACAUGGCACAUGACACGUCAACACCUCGCAAGAGCACCAUGGAGACUGCUAUUGCAAUUCUGGAGCCAUUUGGCACCAUCACUAUGGCUCGGGUCAACCGGCCUGGCCGAGAGCUUCCACCGGAGCUUCAGAAAUACAGCUACAGAUACCCAGAGCUCUUCACUAAGGAGAGCGUACUAGUGGAAUAUGAAGAUCUGGAAGGAGCUGGACGUGCUUAUCACCAACUCUCGCAGUCCGAAGAGAACAUGAAAGUACUCCUGGUAGGGAAAGCUUCCAAGAAGAAAGCUGGUGAUGUGGGUUUGGAGGACAGAAGUAAUGGGAAAGGGAUCUCCAUCCUGAACCAGCGCAUGUUACGGCUUCAGACUGGUGGUGAAGACUCCUCAGCAUACAGCUCCUCAGAAUCAGAGUUGGCCUCCUCAUCACCUCAAGCGAGCAUCCCUCGCUUUUUCUCCAGCCAGGUGUGCGGCAGCCCCUUAAGUAGCCCACGUUCUAGCCCCAGAUGUGUCCGUGCGCCGAUGUCAGGUCCUUACAUGUCACCACUCUUAGCCUCGGAAGUCUGGGGCAGUCCAGGUACAAGUCCAGAGUUGCGAGAGAAACGCAAGUUGUGUGCCAACCAAAACAAGCACUGUCAGAUGAGUGAGAAAAGAGCUCUAAAUGGAGACACAGCACCACCUGGAGUCCUGCGUCUGCCUUAUGGUCCUGAUGGGAGUCGAGGUUUUCAUGCGAUCAUAGUUAGAAGAGGACUUCAUUAUUCGUUCAAAAUAUAA